GAUGAGGAUUGAAGAAAUGAAGGAAGAUCUCCUUCUAUAUAAACACUUGCCGCACCCCUUCUAAAAGCUCCAUCUUGUUUCUAUUGCUCUUUCUCUGAGAAUCGUAAUUUCUUUCCAAUUGAAGUCAGAAAGAACAAGGAGAGAAAAUGCCUGCGGUAGGAGGAAUAAGUAGUGGGGGGAACAAGGAGUACCCUGGGAACCUCACUCCUUUUGUCACCGUAACAUGCAUCGUUGCAGCCAUGGGUGGCUUGAUCUUCGGUUACGAUAUUGGGAUUUCUGGUGGGGUGACGUCCAUGGAUCCGUUUCUGUUGAAGUUUUUUCCGUCGGUGUACCGGAAAAAGAACCUCGACAAAACGACAAACCAGUACUGUCAAUACGACAGCCAGACACUUACGAUGUUCACGUCGUCGCUGUACCUGGCUGCGUUGCUGUCGUCGUUGGUUGCCUCCAGCAUCACGCGUAAUUUCGGUCGGAAACUCUCCAUGCUUUUCGGAGGCGUGCUUUUCCUCAUCGGUGCUCUCAUCAACGGUUUUGCCCAACACGUUUGGAUGUUGAUCGUGGGUCGGAUCUUGCUCGGGUUCGGUAUCGGAUUCGCCAAUCAGUCUGUGCCACUUUACCUAUCUGAAAUGGCUCCUUACAAAUAUAGAGGGGCUUUGAAUAUUGGUUUCCAAUUGUCAAUCACAAUUGGUAUACUUGUGGCCAAUGUGUUGAACUACUUCUUCGCCAAAAUCAAAGGUGGUUGGGGAUGGAGGUUGAGUUUGGGUGGUGCUAUGGUCCCUGCCCUCAUAAUUACAAUUGGAUCAUUGGUCCUUCCCGACACUCCCAAUUCCAUGAUUGAAAGGGGUGAUCGUGAUGCAGCCAAGGCUCAGCUCCAGAGAGUUCGUGGAGUGGAAGAUGUCGAAGAAGAGUUCAAUGACCUUGUGGCAGCUAGUGAAGCUUCAAGGCAAGUGGAGCACCCAUGGAGGAAUUUGUUGCAAAGAAAGUACAGACCACACCUUACUAUGGCCAUAUUGAUCCCGUUCUUCCAGCAACUUACUGGAAUCAAUGUCAUCAUGUUUUAUGCGCCUGUGCUUUUUAAUUCAAUUGGGUUUAAGAGUGAUGCUGCUCUAAUGUCUGCUGUGAUCACUGGCCUUGUUAAUGUUGUUGCUACAUGUGUCUCAAUUUAUGGAGUUGAUAAGUGGGGUAGGAGAGCCCUUUUCCUGGAAGGGGGUGUUCAGAUGCUCAUAUGCCAGGCUAUAGUUGCAGCUUCUAUUGGAGCAAAGUUUGGAAUUGAUGGGAACCCUGGUGAUUUGCCAAAGUGGUAUGCAGUUGUUGUGGUUCUCUUCAUUUGCAUUUACGUAUCAGGGUUUGCCUGGUCAUGGGGUCCCCUUGGUUGGUUGGUGCCUAGUGAGAUCUUUCCUUUAGAGAUUCGUUCGGCUGCUCAAAGUAUCAAUGUGUCGGUGAACAUGCUCUUCACAUUCCUUGUUGCACAAGUCUUCUUGACCAUGUUAUGCCACAUGAAGUUUGGCUUGUUCAUCUUCUUUGCCUUCUUCGUGUUGAUCAUGACAUUCUUUAUCUACUUCUUCUUGCCCGAAACUAAGGGCAUUCCAAUUGAAGAAAUGUCCAAGGUUUGGAAGUCACACCCAUAUUGGUCCAGAUUCGUCGAGCAUGAUGAUUAUGGCAAUGGAGUUGAGCUGGGCAAUGGAGCAACUAAAAAUGUGUAGUUAGUUUUGGUUUUAUUUUCUUCUCCGCAAUGACUAGCUUUUGGUUGGUAAAUCAUACCAUUGGUGUCAAUUUUAGUUUCGAUCUAUUGAAUUGUUCCUAAAAAUUAAAGGGUUAUUUUUCUCAUGGGUCCCCGGUGUCAAUGAACAAAGUUUUACAGUAUACUCUUCUAUAUUAAUCCAAUUGUACAAUUUUUUAUGCACAUUUGAAAACAUGUUAUUGGGUCAUCAAUUUAUAUAUGUUUAUGCCUUCUAUGUUAC